UGGAGGCAGCCAGGCAGGCAGCAGCACCGACGGUGAAAUGGCUCCAGCCCAGAUGGCAGCCCCUGGCCUUCUGCUCCUCCUGGCGCUGCCUACAGGGGCCUGGCCCAGGCUGGGGCCGCCCCAUCGGCCAUGUGUGCACUGCUGCCACCCGGCCUGGCCCCCAGCGGCCCCCGGCUCAUACACCCCUGAGGGUGAGGGGGAGAAGUGGGUGCAGCUGCCCCACGUGCGGCCCACCAUCGACAUCUCAAUCCUCAAAGGUGAGAAGGGUGAGACGGGGGUCAGAGGCCGCUCCGGCAGGAGCGGGAAGGAGGGCCCACCGGGCUCCCCGGGUCUCCGGGGCCACAAGGGCCAGAAGGGGCAGGUGGGGCUGCCGGGCACCCCAUGCCGGCGUGCCUACGCAGCCUUCUCGGUCGGUCGGCGCGAGGGGCUGCACAGCACCGACGCCUUCCAGGCUGUGCCCUUUGACACGGAGCUGGUGAACCUGGAUGGCGCCUUCGACCUGGCGUCGGGCCGCUUCCUCUGCACGGUGCCUGGUGUGUACUUCCUGAGCCUCACCGUGCACACCUGGAAUUACAAGGAAACCUACCUGCACAUCAUGUGCAACCAGCAGGCCACGGCCGUGCUGUACGCGCAGCCCAGCGAGCGCAGCGUCAUGCAGACCCAGAGCCUGCUGCUGCCGCUGGCCGCAGGGGACGCCGCCUGGGUGCGCAUGUUCAAGCGUGACCAAGACAACGCCAUCUACGGUGAGCACGGCGACCUCUACAUCACCUUCAGCGGCCACCUGGUCAAGCCUGCCACUGAGCUCUAGCGCUCGACGGCACUCACUCCCCAGACCCCCCGAGCCUGACCUCGCCCUCGCAGCCCAGGCGGAUGCCAGUAUGUUUGCGCGAUGACUGUGCAGUGAUUGCACACCAGUUGCAUGCAGACGCUGAGCUGAGGGGUGUGGCAGGAGCAAGACAGGUCUGGGGGCCUGGCCUGGCGGGGGUGGGGACAGCAAGUGUCCAC